AUGGAGAGAGUUGACCCCUUCAAAUUUCCCGCGGGGUCUACGCUGAAAAAGUUUGAAAACACCAUAUUCGAAGUUGGCGAGCAUCGAUUCCGUCCAACCAGAAUUCUGUCUGAAAACUGGUACAACAACCAACGUAAAGGCGAAUUUGAAGGAGAGAAUGUCGGUACUGGGGAAGCUGUGAUUGUGAAAUUACGCGUGGAAACGGAUCCUUUCUUACUCAGUAAAGAGGAACAAGAACAAACAGUAAGAAGAAGCCUUGAAGUGUUCCGUCGGGAAUGUCGAGUCUUUGAAAAGGCUUCGCCAUCUGGAUACACCCCGAGAUAUAUUACGCACACCGAACUCGAGCAGGACGAUAAAUUCGAAUUUCCGAGUGGAUAUCUGGGCAUCUUGGUCCUGGCCAAAUAUUACACCAACAAAUACCCCGACAUCGUGACUGAUGCGACCCGAAAAGGAAACAUUGUCGAAUCUGAGAUGCCUGAGUUGAUAGAGCAAUUUGAGGAUAUGGCAGUUCGCAGACAAGGAAUAAAGCAUGGUGGUGGUGCCCCAGUCGAUAUAGAGUUCGACACUCAGAGCCGGAGAUUAUACAUGGUUGAUCCCUUCAAUAUGGAAGAGAUUGAGCCACACGAAGCAGAUCUUGCUGACCUGGGUGAGCUGAGGGCUGUUAAAAGGCAUCUUACCAAAUAUGGAUUUAAAUGA